UAGUGACCCCCUCUUCCCUGCCCGAGUGUUGCUCUGUCGGGUCCUGUAUGGGAGCCCGUGCGGGGAUGUCCUGGAGACCCCGCGCUGCCUGCACCUCUAUCGUCUCGGUUUUGCGGAGAAUAUGCCUUCCUCACAUGAGCCUGCAAGGAGAACUGUGCUUAAAACAAACAGUUGACAUGGACGAUGAAGAUGGCAGGUGCUUGCUAGAUGUAAUUUGCGACCCUCAGGCCCUGAAUGACUUUCUUCAUGGAUCAGAAACGCAUCUGGACACCGAUGACCUUUUGGACGGCUCGGCUGACCCCGCCAGCUCCUUCUUCUCCGGGGCUGGGGUCCACGUGCCCCAGGUCCAGCCGUCCAAUCAGCUGUCUGUCAGCGACCCGUCCGGCCUGCCCAGCAGCAGCGUGGACCUGGACUUCCUGGAGGACGAUGACAUCCUCGGGGGCGGGUCGCCGGGGGGCGGGGCCAGGGAGGGCGGCGGCGGCGGCGGGGUGGGCGGGGCCAACCACGAGCCCUGCGACAUCCUGCAGCAGAGCCUGGCCGAGGCCAACAUCACGGAGCAGAGCCUGCAGGAGGCGGAGGCCGAGCUGGACCUGGGCUCCUUCUGCCUCCCCGGCCUGACGCAGGUGGUCCAGGCCCUGCCCGAGCCCGGCCUGCCGGCCCCCGGGGCCCCCGCCGUCCACCUGGGGGGGCAGAUCUUCCACAGCCCCGCCCCCAGCGCCACGGCCACGCCCCCCGGCGCCGCCCCGGACGUGAUGGGCUCGGUCCUGGCCCACCCGGGCCUGCAGCUGCAGCCGCAGGUGAUGAGCAAGGCGGUGGCGGUCCAGCCCUUCAUGCAGCAGGUGGGCCUGGGGAACGUCACGCUGCAGCCCAUCUCGGGCCUGCAGGCCCUGCCCAACGGCGGCCCCGCCGGCCACCUGGGCCUCGGCCAGAUCCAGGUCAUGGGCCAGCCCACCGUCAUGGCCAUCAACCCCUCGGGGCAGCCCAUCCUGGCCAAAACCAUGAGCGGGUACCAGCUGCACCAGGCCGGCCCGGACGCGGGGGGCACCGCGGCUCAGCCGGGGCUCGGGGGGGGCCUGCUGAUCCAGGGCGGCAAGCCUGCCGUGGGGGCCCCGGCCCUGAAUGGGGCCGGCGUCGGCGGCAUUGCCGUUAGCGUUAGCAGCGCGGUCUCUGGCAGCGGGGGUGCCAUCGCCAGCUCUGCCGGGCUGGUGGGUUUCGGGGGCGCCCCCCCCCUCGGAGUCGGGACGCCGCAGCAGGCUCCGCCCCCCGGCCAGAUCAUGCAGAACGUGGUCAUCCAGCGGACGCCCACGCCCAUUCAGCCCAAGCCUCCACUAGGGGGCGCCAAACUCUACAAGCAGCAGCACGUUCAGCAGCAGCAGCCGCCGCAGCAGCCGCCUCCCGCCCAGCAGCUCCCCGCCCCCAGCGCUCUGCAGAACGACGGCGGGAAAGGGGUGGGGCUCCAGCAGGGGCAGGUCCCGGGGGCCGCCGCCCAGGGCGUGGCCUUCCUGACGGGCAAGCCCGGCGCCAACGUGGUGCUGAGCGCCCAGGCGGGCCCCCAGGGGCCCUCCUUCCCCCAGGCGCUCUUCAAGCAGCAGGGCGUCCACCUGCUCAACCAGUCGGGCAGCUUCGUCAUUCCCUCCAACCAGUUCCUGCUGCCGCAGCUGCAGGGGGGGGCCCAGAUCCUCGCCCAGCACCCGGGGGGCCACAUCAUUGCCAGCCAGGGCCCCGGGGGCCAGCUCAUCGCCAACCAGAUUCUGGCCCCCAACCAGAACCUGAACCUGGGCCAGGUGCUGGCGUCGCAGGGCCCGCCCGGCACCGCCCACAUCCUGUCGGGGCACAUCCAGCUGCAGCCGGGGCAGAUGGGCCAGCACACCCUGUUCCAGGUGCCCGUCUCGCUGGCACAGGCCCAGGGGCAGACCCACUCCGUGGCGGGCCACGCCCAGGCCGUCAUACAGGGCAUGCCCAUUCAGAACUCCUUGGCCAUGCUGGGGCAGGUGGAAGGCUUGGGUCCGGCGGUCAGUUUGCAGCCUCCUCUUCCUCCGCCUCCUCCUCCUCCUCCUCCUCCGCAGCAGGCCGGCCUCGCCCCCCUUGGAGGGGGACCGGCGAUAGCCCAGUGCCAGCCGACGGACAGCGUUUCGGUGGUGGGCGGAGCCGUGGACCAGCCCGCCCACCUUGCACAAGCCCCGCCCCCUCCGUCGCUGCAGCCUCCGCCGCCCUCGAUCCUGACCGUGCAGACCACGCCGCCUUCGUCCAUCUCCAUCUCGGUCCCCUCUUCCUCGUCUCCGUCCUUGUCUUCCUCCUCCUCGUCCUCCAUGACCCCCUCGUCCGGCUCUCUGGCGCCCCCUCUGGCCCAGCACAGCCCCUUCCUGGCUCCUCAGGGCUCCGGAAUGUUCCUCAGCCAGGAUUCCUUGCAUAUGUUCCUGCAGCAGGACCAGAAGUGCCAAUCAGAGAGCGAUCCCCGCCCUUCGGGGUGUGUCCCUGCAUCUGUCAUCGUCAGCAGCGACGGUGGCCCCGCCCAUUCAAGCCAUAGCAGCUUAUCGGCCGAGACUGGGCCAGCCCAGAGCCCCGCCCACUCCCAUGGCCCCUCCCACAAGGCAGCAGUGGUUCAUCAGAUCCCCUCUGCAGGCCCCCAGCAGCAGCUGAAGCUCCAGAGCGUGUCCCCCUCCCAGCCGGGGGGGGCGGUCCCAGCGGCAGACAGCCCCCAGCCUGCCCAGGCCUCCCCCCUCAUUCUGGGCCAGCCCAUCCACUCCCCCCCCGCCCAGCCCCAGUCCCAGUCCCAGGCCCCGACCCCGUCCCGCUCCUGCACCCCCUCCUCCCUGCCCCCCCUCUUCAUCAUCCACAACCAAAUCGGGGGCUCCCCGCAGCCCGCACCCCAACCCCUACCCCAGCCACUGCCGUCGCCACAGCAACAGCAACCGCAGCAACCUCAGAUCCAGACCCAAAUCCAGCCACAGCCCCGCCCGCCCUCGCAGCCCGCCCCCUUCCAGCAGGACGUGGGCGUGGCCUCCGUCGGCCCCUCCCACUCGCCCAAGCCCCCCGCGGCGGUGCAGGUGCCGGUGCAGUUCCAGUUCGCGCCCUCGGGGGGCGCUGUGGUGCAGAGCCUGACGGUGGAGCAGCAGCAGACCCUGCAGAUGGUGGGGGCGAAGCUGCAGACGCUGUCCGCCAUCGAGCAGCCGUCCGCGCAGCAGAAACAGCUGCUGGAGAAACUCCACCAGGUCCAGCAGAACAUCAUCCUCCAGGCCAAGCAGCAGACUGCAGCCCAGCCGGCCUCCACCAAUCAGUUCAGCUCUCCACAGGACCCGUCCACCGCCCAGCCUGUGACAUCAUCAACAUGCGCCACGACCCCAGCUCAGCUGGCCUCCCUGCUGCAGCAGGCACCAGUGCUGGUGAAGACGCCAUCCACAGGAUCCAGUGAAGUCACAUUGUUUUCGGGGGCCUCAGGACCAGCUGGAGCCACAGCCAAGCAGGGAGUCGCUCCUGCCACCCUGACGCAGCCUGUACAGGUGAAGCCGAUUGGGGGCGUUACCGUGGGGACAGCCGCUCUGCAGAUCAAGGUGCUGGGCUCUGGGGUCUCUCAGCUGACCACGCCCCAGUCUGCUGCUGCCAUUCAAACACAGACCACAGCUCUGAAGAUUCCUUUCUCCAUGGAGCCCAGCAAGGAAGCAAAGAUGCUGGAGCAGCUGAGGAAACAGCAGGGCUCAGUACUGCGACCUGACUACAGCGCCCCCUUCUGCUCAUUUGAGGAUAGCGCACACCGACUGCUCCCCUACCACCUGUACCAGGGCACCCUGUCCACACCCCAGGACUUCCAUAGAGUUGAUGAGGAGUUCCAGAGCGUCUCCACUCAGUUACUGAAGCGAACUCAGGCCAUGCUGGAUAAGUAUCGCCUGCUGCUGUUUGAGGAGUCCAAGAGGCUGGGCCCGUCAGCAGAGAUGGUGAUGAUUGACAGAAUGUUCAUUCAGGAAGAGAAGCUGGCUCUGAACCAGGACAGGGUUCUGGCCAAGGAGAGACCAGAUGAGUAUGUGGCUCAUUCCUGCUCCCUGGAAAAUGCAGCAGCUAGUGUGCAGCACCCCCUGCCUGCCGAGUCUGGUACUGCAAAAGCCAGAAGCUUAGCGGCGGGAGGAGGAGCCACUGCGGGCCCCGCCCCAGCAUUGGCCACGCCCCAUUUCACCCCCACCAAGCUGGUGAUAAAGCAGGGCGGGGGAGGGGCGUCGGUCUCCUGGUCCUCCAGCAUCGCGCCCGGCGGAGCGGCCCGGGCGGCCACGGAACCUGCGGGUCAGAGUUCAUCCGUGGACGGCUCCGCCCCCUCAGACGACGACGCCCUCCCCCGGCGCAGCGGCAAGCCGCCCAUGAAGACCUAUGAGGCGCGCCGGCGAAUCGGGCUCAAGCUGAAGAUCAAGCAGGAGGCGGGGCUCAGCAAGGUGGUGCACAACACCGCGCUCGACCCCGCCCACGCGCAGACGCCCCGUCAUAACUCCGCCCCCGUCCACGCGCAGGCGCCCCGGCACAGCCCCGCCCACCAGCCGCCCCCUGCCCAGCUGCUGCCCACGGUCACGGUUCCCCCGGCAACCGCUGUCCUCAGGACUCCUCCCCCCGAGUCCGCCCACACCGCCCGCGCUUCCUCCUCCUCCUCCUCCACGCCCGCCGUCACCGUAGCAACCACGCCGCCGUCAGAUCCCGCCCCCCCUGCCGUGUCGUCAUCCUCCUCCUCCUCCUCCUCCUCCUCUUCUUCCUCGACGCAGGUGAAUGGGAGCCUGGAGCACCAUCACCACACCCCCACGCGUAACCCCCCCGGCCCGCCCCCUGUCCCGCCCCCCGUCCCCACCUGCCGCCUGCCCCUCCGCAAGACGUACCGGGAGAACGUUAGCCCCCCCAGGGCCCCCCCGUCGCCCCAGGCCCGGGACCCCGCCUCCCCCCCGCCGGGAGGGACGGUGAUCGCCAGCGUCAAGCUGGAGAAGCGGGGCGGCAGGAAGGGGCGGGACCACCCGCACGCGGACCGUGGGUCGGGAGCGGGGCCGGAGCCGGGGGGCGGGGCCAGUGACGCCCAGCUGGAGGGCGGCGGGUCCUCCCCGGGGCUGAUGAAGGAGCUGGCGGAGGUGGAGGAGGUGCUCUACCGCGGCAUGAUCAAAAACACGCACCGGCGGCACCGCAGACACCGCGCCGAGGCGGGGGAGGGGCACGGGGGCAGGGCUAGGGACGGGGGCCGGCCUCGGGCCAAGCGCAGCGGCGGUAAGAGCAGGGAAAGGGGCGGGGACAGGUCUUCCAGGCGGGACGGCCCCGCCUCUCCCGCCGGGUCGCCCCACCCCUGGGACCCCUCCCUCCCCACCAAACGGCGGAAGUCGGGCUCCCCGGACGUGGACGACGCCAGCUUCUCCAGCGGCAGCCCGCCGCCCGACGACGGGCUCAGCGAGCACCUGCAGUGCGCCAUCGACAGCAUCCUCAACCUCCAGCAGGGGGCACCGCCCAGGGGCGGGGGGGGCUCGGGCCGCGCCCCCGCGCCACAUCCGUCCCAGCAGCCCUCCUCCGCCCACCGCCCGGGCGCCCCCUCCACCUCCCACAGACACCCCUCCUCUUCCUCCUCCUCGUCCUCUUCCUCCUCCUCCUCCUCGCUGUCCCAGCGCUCGCAGCUAGGGGGCGCCGGAGGGCGGGGCCACAACGGUAGCUUUGUCUCACGGACGUACAGCAGAUAACAGCCCCUCAGCUUGCUGCGGGGGGGGGGGACUGAAAGACUGAGGAACGGAGGAGAGAAAGCGAGGGAUGGAGAGGGAGAGGGAGAGGGAGGGACGCUCCACGUCUCUGUCUGUCCGUCCGGCUGUGUUUUCAGUGUGUUUGUCCAUUUGAAUUGUUCUGAACAAAAGACGACACUUUAUUAUUAUUAUACAUUUUUUUGUUUUGUUUACGGAAUUCACCCUCUUAGUGUACUUCGGAGAGUCUGGGAGGGGGAGGGGGAGGGGGAGGGGGGGAAUCAUAAUUGAAAUGUCCCUCUAUCUUGCUCGGUAACAAAACAGCCUCACGAGAUGUCAGUCAGGCCAGUAAUAUUGCACAUUUGACCAAAUAUCAGUAUUGCCAUCGAUUUUAUGAUGUCACUGUGUCUUGCAGCACUUUUGUUUUUGUUGCCUUCCGAGCUCUAUAACUCCGCGGAACGAUGUCAGGCCGCUUCUCACAGCUGUGGGCGGCGUCCGAGCGACCAGCGGCUCUCUCUAGGACUGAGAAACUCUCUAUCACUACAUUCGUUUUCAGCUGAAGCAUUUCAUGUUUUCAAACACUAAAUCGCAAACGUUAGUUUGUCCACGUCCCCAACUUGUUUUGGAUUCUAGCGAUGGGAAGGGUGUGGUUUUCAUAAACCAUGUAAUGGGUGGAGCUUUGGUGAGCUGUCGGUCGUUGGCUUUCUUUUCGAACCAAUCAGUUCACGCUUGCUCUUCACUGCAGAUCAGUAUGCCUGGUUUCAGUUCAGAAUGAUUGACAGCAUGUUGCUCCGCCCAUCUUUGGUUUCAUGGUACCUCAUUCUUCAUCACAGAAGGGUUUGAUGUCACCCAGAUAGAUAUGCAGAAGUGUGCAAGGUUGUUGUUUUUGGUGCACACCUUCAUUUGAGUGACAAAUAACGGUAAAACAUCAGUCUGCCCAAAAGGGGGGGACACUGGCAUGCUUUCAGUUCCUGCAGUUUGUAAUCAUCUGGCUCCCUUAGUUCCCCAAGGUCAGGGGAAAUGACUGGGAUUGACCCGAGGUGACUGCCCCCCCCAUACCCCGCCACAACCUGAUCACUGCCUGUCUGUCAUUCCACACUUUUUCAUUUUUGUUGUUUGCUUCUUCAUUCACUCCCUUGCACGGUGUUUGUGUGUGUGUGUGCGCGUGCGUGUGUGUGUGCGCGUGCGUGUGUGUGUGUGCGUGUGUGCGUGCUCACUUUGUUGUCACUAAGCUAUCUGUCACUAAAUGGCAGUGUCAGGGUUCUGGGUGGAGAAAGCUUGUUAAAUCCUCCUGUGUAAUUCAAAGAGCAGUUUGGACUCAACUUUCUGACUCAAAAAGAUCUGUGAUUCUGGCCCCUGUGAACAACCUUAAAAGUGCUCAGUUAACCCUUUGUGUAGCAGCUCACUUGUUAGAGUGUGUCAGCGGGGGGGGGUGGGGGUUGUGUUGGAGUAAGAGUCACUUCUCCUCGCUGUCUGUCUGCUUGUCAGUCUGGCUCCACCCAAACGUGUGCCUCCCUCUUUGUCUUCUGUGUGUGUGUGUGUGUGUGUCUGUACGUCUGUCUCUUCUGUUAAACUCCCUGUUAAUCUUCCUGUCUCUCUGCUAAAGGAGGGGUUUUGCUGUUUUGUUGUUCUAGGCCACCCACACUAGGGGGCGCUGAUGAGCAACCUUGUGCAGGUCUGAUGGUUCUCCUGCUCUGUUGAGUGAGGGUCAGAUGGAGAGUUUCGGUCCGCGUGAUUUACAGGGUCUCCCCUCUGGGCUGUGUUUUUAUUCAAAGUUCAUGUUGUCUUCCCUCCCGAUUGGGCAUUUUCCACACACACACACACACACACACACACACGCGCGCACUACAAUACACACACACUCUUUCAGCACUUCAGAUGGUCUGUGGUCUCUCAGGAUUCCUAUUGGCAACUGAGACACAGUGAACAGCUAGCAGCACCAGACUUCUGUUCAAGAGCGUCCACAGCAGCACCCGUCUCCAAACAGUCAGUCUGCUUAAAACUGAACUGUCCGUACAGGUUUUUAAAUUGUAUUUUUAAAACGCAUAUUUUUGUGACCAAUGCUUUUAAUUUUUUAACUGUUUUAUUGUAUUUUUUAAAAAUUCGGACCAGGUUUGCCAAAUAAUUUUACUCACACACUGGCAUAGCUGUAAAAAACAUUAUGUGUUGCGAAUAUACACUCACCAGCCACUUAAUUAGGUACAUGCUAGUACCGGGUGUGGUCUUCUGCUGCUGUAGCCCAUCUGCUUCGAAGUUCGACAUGUUGUGCGUUCAGAGAUGCUCUUCUGUAUACCUCGGUUGUAACGAGUGGUUAUUUGAGUUACUGUUGCCUUUCUAUCAGCUCGAACCAGUCUGGCCCUUCUCCUCUGACCUCUGCCAUCAACAAGGCAUUUUUGCCCAGAGAACUGCCGCUCACUGGAUAUUUUCUCUUUUUUGGACCAUUCUCUGUAAACCCUAGAGAUGGUUGUGUGUGAAAAUCCCAGUAGAUCAGCAGUUUCUGAAAUACUCAAACCAGCCCGUCUGGCACCAACAACCAUGCCAUGUUCAAAGUCACUUAAAUAACCUUUCUUCCCCAUUCUGAUGCUUGGUUUGAACUUCAGCAAAUCAUCUUGACCAUGUCUACAUGCCUAAAUGCAUUGAGUUGCUGCCACGUGAUUGGCUGAUUAGAUAUUUGCGUUAACGAGCGGUUGAACAGGUGUACCUAAUGUUGUGACCGGUGAGUGUAUACACACACACACGCUGAUCACACAACGUGCCAAGCACAAAACUAGUAGACCUAAGAUCUUCGGACUGCAUCCUUAAGGCAUUUCAGCUGUGCGACCAAAUUCAAAGUACAAAGAGAGACGUGACAAGCCAGGCUUGUGUCCUUUUAUUCCGUCUCUCUCUUUUCUUCCAUCCCUCCCUCCCUCCAGCUCACUCGCUCUCCUGCUUUACAGUGUACCCUCCAAACUCUUCAAAUAGACGGAAGCAAACGCAGCAUAAACAAAUGAAUCGAGAAGAACAAAACAAAACAUUUACAAAAUGAAAGAGAAUUUGAAAUAUAGUACUACAGAUUAAUUUUGUACUGUAUUUAUUGUGUAUAAUGACACUUUUUUUAAAAAAAGAAGAAAAGAACUGUACAUUUAGUAUAACUGUAAAUUAAAACUUGCUUCUUUUAUGAAAGAAAUGUCCAUUGUCUUGUCCUUGAUGUGAACAGUGGGAGAUUCCUGUUGGAACUGUAAGUAAAUCUUAAGUACACACAUACUGGAAUGGGCAGUGGUGUUUCAUAUGGGUGGUCCUGGACUGGUCAGCUGUCUCUGGUUGCAGUCUCGUGCAAUGUAGGUGGCUGUCAGUAGGUGGUGCUAGAGAGUUAGAGUGGUGAUGCAGGGUGUGGCAGGAGGGGUGGGGAGAUGUGGAGGGAGGACAUGGUUUUUUCCCCCCCCAAAGCUAUGCAACAGUGUCAUGUGAAUAAACACAUGGAAAGUAAAUGAAUUGUGAACACUAAGAGUUGCAGCUUUCACUAAAAGCACGAUUGGAAAGGGCAUAACCUGAAUACCUGGCAGGAGUUUGUGUUUCCCUGAGAAAAGCUUAGAAUCAGUAAUCCCUCAGAUUAUUUAAUGUAGCCCCACCUCCCAUGUGCACGCACACAAACACGCACUCCACCUCUUCCCAAGCUUCAGUCGUCAGCUUUUAAGGGUUUGCCCCUUGUUGCACGGAUGAGGGAGGGAGGGAGAGAGAGAGAGAGAGGGAGAGUGAGAGAGUGUGCUGUGUGUCAAGCGCUUUAUUUUUCUCUCACAGCUUUUCAAGUUUGGGGAGAGAGAGUUCUGCCAGACACUCGUAUCAGCUGAGACCGAUUAGCCUGUACUGGAAAACCAUCAUUCAUCACGCGCACACACACACGCACACACACACACAGAAGCACUGUCUCCACAGACGGGACUCAGUCUGUGCAAGCGUACGGAGGAGAGCGCAACGCGAAGACGGACGUCGUUCUGCUUUUGGCUUCUGAGAUGUCCGAGUCUCCAGCGCGAGAGGGAGAGCCAUCAGCCUGUUUUUAACCAUCUUUUCUUUUAAACCUUUUUUUUUUUUUAAAGAACCUGUGGUUCUUCUUUCUGCUAGAUACACCUUUUGGGUUUUAUGCUGUUCUGCCAAUCGCCUGAACCCCGUCCUGAG